UUUAAUUUGGUUAUGCUAUUGAGUUGCGCCGCUGUGAGCUGGCUUGCAAGUUGCUCGGUUUUGACGGUCGCUCUUUUGCUUCGCAUUCUUGUGAUUCUGUCGAAUACUUCUUGUUUUAUUAAGUAUCCUUGGUCUGACAUUACGUAGUCGUGUCCACAGUCUUCUUUUGUUUGAGGUUCUGAAGUGAACGAUAAAGCCAGAUCUUCUUUGGUCCAAAUUUUUUCGGUUGGGUAAUAAUCUCCGUGCCAAGUGGCGAGAUAUGUGUACUUGCAUCUUACUUCCUCUGUGGGUUUCUUCCAGACGAUUAGUGAUCCUCCUUCGGUUGGGCAUUCUUCAUCCUCUAGUGAGCACUUGGCCAUGUUGUCGAUUGGUGAGUGAAGUGUUUCGGUGGAUGGAUCAAAAUAUAAUUUCUCGUCGGUUUGGAAACAGUUCGUUCGCUGACUAUGCUGUGUGGAGAAAUAGCUGUAAUCGAUUGGUGGGUUGAACUCGUUCAGAGUCCUUUUGAUUCCUUCAGUUGCUGUGAGUGGUCCGUAUUGGCAGUGGUCGGUCUCGGUCAUUCUAAGGCACUCUUCUUUCGAAAUCGGGAGUGUUUCGCUGGUGGUCACAUUUCUUCCUUCCCCGAUUACGUUUUCCCAAUACUCUACCUUCUGUUUUACAAUGACACACCUACUUGCUGUAACUUCCCUGGCUUCCAUAUUUACCCGAUACACUUGCAGUCUUAAUUUGACCUUGGUACCCGGUAACCACUCUGAACAAGACAUACCUCGAUGUUGUAAGUCGAUCACUCUUGCGGGGGCCACCUCAUUGCACAUCAUUGCCGACUGCCCGACGGUCCAUCUGAACUUGGAAAUUAAUAAAAUUAGUAAGAGUAAGGUCCAAUAAAGUCUUUUCUUGCCUCUAUUCUGCG